AUGGUAUAUAGUGAUGGUACUAUCACUACAAAAGAACUUGGCACAGUUAUGAGGUCUCUGGGGCAAAACCCAACAGAGUCCGAAUUAAACGAUAUGAUUAAUGAAAUUGAUGCAGAUGGAAAUGGAACAAUCGACUUUCCGGAAUUUUUAACCAUGAUGGCAAGAAAAAUGAAAGAUACUGAUUCAGAAGAAGAGAUAAAAGAAGCAUUCAAAGAGUUGUUACAUGAAUAA